AUGAAGAUGGCUGGCCCGUGGAUUGUCACCUUCCUCUGUGGUUUUCUGGGAGCCACAUUGGUCCAAGCUGACCUUCGUCCCCCUGCAGUGCUCAACCUCGGCCCAGAAGUCAUCAAGGAACACCUGACCCAGGCACUGAAGAAUAACCAUGCCACUGCCAUCCUCCAUGAGUUGCCCCUGCUCAGUGCCAUGCGGGAUAGGUCUGGGAGCAUCCCCAUGCUGGACAGCCUAGUGCAGUCUUUCCUCCGAUACAUCAUCUGGAUGAAGGUCACCUCAGCUAACAUCCUCCAGCUGGCUGUGCAGCCUUCAGCCUAUGACCAGGAGCUGGUAGUCAGAAUCCCCCUGGACAUGGUGUCUGGACUCAACACGCCACUGGUCAAGACCAUGGUGCAGUUCCAAAUGAACACUGAGAUCCAAGCCCUCAUCCGAGUGGAGAAAAGCAAGAGCGGCCCCGCCCACCUCAACCUUAGUGACUGCUCCAGCAGUUCCCACACCCUGCGCCUCAGCCUGCUGAACAAGCUCUCCUUCAUGGUCAACUCCUUGGCAAAUAAAGUCAUGAAUAUCCUGGUGCCAGCCCUGCCCCAAAUGGUGAAAAACCACCUGUGCCCUGUCAUCCAGCAAGCCUUCAAUGACAUGUACAAUGACUUCCUGAGGCUGGCAACAGCACCCAUUCCCCUGAGCCCUGGAGCCCUGGACUUUGGCCUUCUGUCCCCUGCUAUCCAGGACAGUAAUAUCGUGUUCAACCUGAAGGCCAAGCUGCUGGACUCACAGGCGAGGGUGACCAAGUGGUUCAACAGCUCUGUGGCUUCCCAGAUGGAGACCACCCCCAGUGGGGCCCCUUUCAGCCUGCUUGUGAGGCAGGACCUGGUGAAUGCCAUUGUGGACACCCUAGUCCCCAAGGAGGAGCUUGUGAUCCUGCUUCGAUUCGUGAUUCCUGAAGUGGCCCGCCAGCUCCAGGCGGACAUCAAUGAGAUCAACGCAGAGGCAGCAAACAAGUUGGGGCCCACCCAGAUGGUGAAGAUUGCCACUUACAGCAGCCCCCAGAUUGUGCUGAAUGAGGGUGGUGCCACAGCAGCCCAAAAUAUCAUCCUGGAAGUGUUCCCGACCAACACCGAUGUCCGGCCCUUCUUCUCCCUAGGCAUUGAGACCAAUUAUGAAGCUCGGUUUUUCACGGAAGGUGAUCGGCUUAUGCUCAACUUCAAUAACAUCAGUAUUGACCGCAUCAAGUUGAUGAUCUCAAAUAUUAAGCUUUUCAAUCCUGAAUCCAUGAAGGGCACCCUGACCAAGAUCCUUGAAUACACAUUGCUGCCCAAUGAGAAUGGCAAACUGAGAACUGGAAUCCCCAUGUCACUGGUGAAAGCCUUGGGAUAUGAGAAAUCUGUGUGGUCUGUGACUAAGGGUGCCCUCAAGCUCACCCCAGACUCCUCCUAGAGCCCUGGUUCUCCCUCGUGAUGAAGACCUGGAUAGUAGCUGACCCACACAGGCCAGGUCCUACCUGGAAGUGUGAGAGCCAUCGAUGUAGACUAUCCCCCUGCAAUCAAUAAA